AUGUAUGGUUUCGCACGCGAGCUGUUCCUUCACUCUGUUGACGAUGAAUUCAUCUGCAGUAUAUGGUAGGUAUAUACAGAGGAUCAUACUUCAUAGUUUAUUUUCCAUUGCAUUUACACCAGUUUAGUUUAUUAGUUAAAGUGGUUUUUAACGUCGGUUUUGCCACUAGGUGUGCUCGAUUAAACACUGGUUCUUUGUGUCGUGUACUAGUCACGCCGCAACGAUUCAUCCUCCUCAGAUAAUAAAAACAACUACUCAAAGAUGGGGUGAUAUGGCGACAGCGACAGAGAAAAACCCAAAUACAAUAGUAGAAUACCGACUGUGAAAUACAAAUACUUGUAUUCUGGGUAGAAUGUAUUUGACUGUGAAAUAUAUCUUUAAGUACUUGAGAGGGUUCAAUUUAUAUAUUUCGUUUAACAUUUUGACACAUGUGCCUUAAUAUAUUCAUUGUUCAGCCAUGGAGUUUUCAAGCAGCCCAUGACCUGCCAAGAUGGCCAUUCAUUUUGCAAAGACUGCAUUACACAGUGGCAGCGAGUCAACACCCAUUGCCCUGUGGACAGGUCCACUCUUGAUCGACCGUUGGUUAGAAAUCUCGCUGUGGAAGGUUCUAUUGGUCGAAAGCUGAUGAAAUGCUCAUCAACAGUCUCUCUUCCAGGAGGAUGCAGCUGGACAGGCUUAGCAUCUGCUGUAGAGCAACAUCUCCCUGCCUGCGAUAUGAAUGUUGUGGAAUGCAAAUUUAAAGUCAGGGGCUGUAUUUUUUCGGGCAUAUCAGCGUGA